ACAGCAUAGUCUUUGAUCCGUUAUUGGAGGGAAAUCCGCCGUACGGGUAGAGUCGGGGCGGGGCGUAAAUACACUGAGCCCCAUCUAUUUAGGGUCAAGUACAACAUUUUUACAGCCCUAACUAGCGUGGGUUCAAAGUUUAGUUUGUGCACGGAAAAUCAUCGCGGCGAAUCACGCACAGGGUGUGGAGGAACUGCUUUCAGAUUCGAUCUUUUUUCUUUUUUAUUUUAUUAAUCCACAGACUCAAGAUCUGCACGGGAUGGAUCGAAAAGCAGCUGUAAUGGGCAGAGAAAUUCGUUAGCAUCUCUUCAACUAGCUGCUCCAGAGGCGCUGCCGUGCGGCUGGACGCGAAUCGAGGCGACCCUCUGCGGGCUGCGCUGCCGAGGCGGUGGGCGUGUUUUCUCUCUGUGUCUCGGCGUGCUAGCAUGUGUGCUGGCGCCAAGUUCUCCGUGUGAAGAAAAGACAAGAUUUACAAGUUACGGGCCUGAGUCAAGCAGCAAAACUCACAUCACGCUUGAUCGGAAAAGUUACACGGAGCGAUGGAGUCAGCUGUUAGUACAUCCACUGAUGUGCCAGAUGAGUUUGACCGCAAUGUUCCACGGAUCUGUGGUGUGUGUGGAGACAAAGCCACUGGCUUUCAUUUUAAUGCGAUGACCUGUGAGGGCUGCAAAGGCUUCUUCAGGCGCAGUAUGAAGCGGAAGGCCAGUUUUACCUGUCCAUUUAAUGGCAGCUGCACCAUCACUAAAGAUAACCGUCGGCACUGCCAGGCCUGCAGACUCAAGCGUUGCCUGGAUAUUGGCAUGAUGAAAGAGUUUAUUCUGACAGAUGAAGAAGUUCAGAGGAAGAAGGAGCUGAUCCAGAGGAGAAAGGACGAGGAGGCACAGAAGGAGGCACAGAAGCCCCGUCUCACAGAGGAGCAGCGCAACAUCAUCGACAUGCUGGUGGAGGCCCAUCAUAAAACCUAUGACGAUUCCUACUCUGAUUUCUCACGCUUCAGACCUCCAGUUAGAGAGGGUCCAGUUACACGUAGUGCCAGUCGUGCAGCAUCUCUUCAUUCACUGUCAGAUGCCUCCUCAGACUCCUUUAGCCACUCUCCAGAGUCAGGAGAUCGUAAGAUGAAUCUGAGUAAUCUCUUGGUGAUGUAUCAGGAGCAGGGUUUGGGCUCCAGUCCUGAUUCAAAAGAGGAUGAGGGCUCUGGACUUUCCAUGCUUCCUCACCUGGCAGACCUGGUUUCCUACAGUAUUCAGAAAGUCAUCGGCUUUGCCAAGAUGAUACCUGGAUUCAGGGAGCUAACAGCUGAAGAUCAGAUUGCUUUGUUGAAGUCUAGUGCUAUAGAAGUGAUCAUGCUGAGGUCCAACCAGUCUUUCAGUCUAGAAGAUAUGAGCUGGAGCUGCGGAGGACCAGACUUUAAAUACUGCGUCAACGACGUUACAAAAGCUGGACACACUUUGGAGCUGUUGGAGCCACUGGUGAAGUUUCAGGUGGGCUUAAAGAAGCUCAGCCUACAUGAGGAAGAACAUGUAAUGUUGAUGGCCAUCUGCCUGCUUUCUCCAGACCGACCCGGGGUGCAGGACCACGAGCGUGUUGAGGCGUUGCAGGACAGGUUAUCUGAGAUUCUGCAGGCAUACAUCCGCGCAAAUCACCCAGGGGGUCAUCUGCUAUACGCAAAGAUGAUUCAGAAGCUGGCGGACCUGCGCAGCCUGAAUGAAGAGCACUCCAAGCAGUACCGCUCGCUCUCUUUCCAGCCCGAGCACAGCAUGCAGCUGACACCUCUGGUUCUGGAAGUGUUUGGCGGGCAGGUCACCUAGCAAUUGCACCCGAGUUGGGACAAGACACGGGGGUCACCUGGCAUGGUGCAGGCAGAGUGAAUGUAUGGACAAUCACCUUAAAAUGCAUACAGAGUUUCCAGGACAAAGUUUAUAAGUGCUUGAUUGUGUGUGUGUGUGUGUGUGUGUGUGUGUGUGUGUGUGUGUGUGUGUGUGUGUGUGUGUGUGUGUGUGUGUGUGUGUGUGUGUGUGUGUGUGUGUGUGUGUGUGUGUGUGUGUGUGUGUGUGUGUGUGUGUGUGUGUGUGUGUGUGUGUGUUUUCCUCAUCACUUACAGAUCGGCUAGAGCGUGCCAUAGAUUUUUCAGUUUUCUUGUUUAUGUAAGGACAUUCUUACACGAAUGUAAUAUGGUCAUAGUGUUUUGCACUGUGGCAACUAAAUACAGUAACAUUUUACUGUAUCCUCAAUAGCCAACAGUAUUACACUGCAUGUGUAGUUUAUUUACAUAAUGAAUGUGUGUGUGUGUGUGUGUGUGUGUGUGUGUGUGUGUGUGUGUGUGUGUGUGUGUGUGGGUCCUGUUCUAAACCUCUGCAUGGUCCCAAAGCGCUGUCCACUACUGCUGAUAUCCUGUCUCUUCACCUCCUGCCUUUAAAUGCACAGGGUUGACCGUAUUAAUGCAAGCACACAGCUCUAACGCGCCCCUCGCUUAGCCACUUAACCAAUCAAAUGACAGCAUCACUCCCCUCUCCUCUGCCUCCAAAGCUCUUAUAGGUUGCUAAACCCCAAUGGCUGUCUUCUCUACUGUUAUUUGCUUGUGCUGUGAUUGGGCAAUUAAGUGACGCCUGUUCAAAGUGGCCAGUGCUGCAUUAGCACUCACGCAAGGCUGUAAAUAAGACUUAGUAUCUAUAUUCUUCUUGAAUCUGUGUAAAUAGAGAUUGAUAUAAGCUCACUCGCAGCUUAGAAUAUAGCAGAGGGAGACCCUGCAGCCCUGGCUGAUUGUAAUGAAUAUGUAUAGAUAAACUGUGUGGUUAUUGAAAUAUAGGAAAUGAAACCAUUUAUUCUUUUUAAAAACUGACCGGAGUAAAAAAGAACUCCGUUCUUUACAUUGUUGCGGACUCAUCUUAUCAUGAAAUCUUGUAAAUCCUAUAGCAGAAUUUCCUUAAAAGUUUCUUAUUUCUCUUUCCUCUUUACUGUGUUACUCAAUUCUUGCAUUCCAUCAUUCAUUUUCACUUGGAUAAUCCUCCUCUUUGUUUUUUGUUUUUAUUAUUAUUAUUUUUAUGUACUUUGUGAUUUAAUCACAUUUUUAUCCUUUUAUAUAUGUUUUACCCUUUGUUGGCCAACACAUUAUUAUUAUUUUUUAACAGAGCUGAGAAAAUGCUCAAUGCUCUUUACACUUAAUUUAUUUCUUUCCCAUUUUUCCAUGAUUACGUUUCACACAGGUAUUAGUUACACAGCCAUAAUAGGGUGAACAAAAAAAUGUUCGGAUCAUAUUUCACCCCAAAAUCAAAAGAAAAAAGUUAGUGCUGUCAUAUGAUUAAAAUAUUUAAUUGUAAUGUAUCGCAUACUUUUUCAUGGUUAAUACAUUCCAAAAAUAAGACCUAUGUGUAAAUAUCUUAAUAUCUGAAUCUUAAUAUUAAUAUUUGAAUCCCAUCAAUUUGAAUGGAUGUCACUCAUAACACUUAUUUGCAGCGCUCUUUACUCGCCUCACCAAAAUAAGCUAAACAGAUAUUAUAUUUCUCAAAAGGCAUCAAAAGACAGAAUGCAAACACAAACACUAACCUGCUAUAAUUCAGUGAUAAAACAGCAACAAUUUCCUACACUUAUAUGAAUAUAUCUUGUGUAAAAUUAUCGCUCGAGUCCUCAGCUGGGUUUUGCAUUUUUUAGAAUGACAGCAUUUUGCUCGUGGCUGAUAUUUCAAUUGUUGAGAAUCAUAUUGAAUUAAUUUGACUGCUCUAAAAAAAGUUAUUUACCCAAUUGUAAUGCACAAAAAUUAUAAUAUAUAUAUAUAUAUACAGUAAAAAUGUAAGCUUCAUUUUCUUUAUACAAAAUAUCAUAUUUUUUCUUUUGAAUUUGGGGUGAAAUAUGACUCUGACAUGUUCUUGACAGGUUUCAUGAGAUUCACCCAAUAACUUUUGUUUACACACCAACAGUUCCAUCUGCCACAUUCUCAAGGAUUGGGUAAUAAGACCCUAUAUGGUGUCUCUAAUAACAGUGUGCUUGAUAAUUUACAAUCUUAAUGUUUAUCAUCUGUAACUACAGUGAUACCUGGGUAUUUACGUUAUUUGUGGGCAUAGGAUGUUUGUUUAAAACAUAAUCUGCUACAUAAAACAUAACACAACUCAGCAUAUUCUUUUCGUAUGCUAGUUGUUAUUAUCUAAAUGCAGUAAUUAGUGACACCUAUUACCAUGUCGCCAUGGUAUAGAAUUUAAUGCAUGUCUAUGGACACAGUAUUAAAAUCACAUUAGCCACUGCCUGUGCUGUGUCCUCUAAACCAAACACGACUGCCUUAGCUUGGCCUUAGCUGUUCGUAGGUAUGCAUCUUGCGUUACCUAACUUGUGCUUUUUAAGUGUGCUAAAUUAUUGGGUUUUGUGUCCGUUUCUCCACUGUUUUUGUGAUAUUUGUGGGACUUUCGUCAAGGGCUAUCACAGAGCUAAAGUAACAGAGCCAUAUCUGCUACUUUAUGCAUCUCAUUCUCUGUUUCUCCAGGAAACUCUUUUUUUUUAAAUCAUGACUGAUUUGUAUGAAGCUUCUCCUCUGUCAGGGCUCAGGGUCAUUAGAUAAACUUUUCUGUGGUAUGAGAGUUAAUCAUAGCUAAUGAAGAUUGUCUUUAGGUGCGAGUUUGGUGUCUGAACUGGGUCGGUGAUUUAAUGAUCAUGUAAGCUAAAUUUAACUACCUGGAAUCUGUGUUCGCUCGGUAGGGCGAGCGCAGUGUGUGUGUCUGGUUGUGUGUUUAUGAAGCGAAGGAGGCGAUGUAUAGCAUUUUAUCUAUACACCAAGUAUAUUCAUAUAUGACUGGGCAUUGCAUAUUUGGCCCUGCCUAGAUGAGUAGUGUGUGAAUGUGUGAGAAGGAAACCGAGCGAGGUAAAGAGUGAGCAAGUACUCGUUUCCUCAGUACACAUUUGUUAUAACUAAUAAAUAACUUAGUCAUGGCACUUAAGAUUGAAUGAUGUGGAAGGUUUGCUAAAUAUAAAUAUAUAUCUCUAUGAGUAUUACUUUGACAGUGUAAAAGAUUCAAAUAUUUUCUUGUAGUCUAGUUUUGAUAUUCUGGUAUCAGUACAGGUGAAGGCACAGUGCAGAGAGUUGUACGUAUGAGUAGGCAAGUAUGCAAAAUAUAGGAACGGACGGUUGAAUGCUAACCUCCUGCCCAGCGCAGAUUAAUGUAUACUUUAUUUUUCCUUUCACUUUUUUCUUGUUGCUGUCUAUUGUUGUCCUCUUGCCUUCACUCUAUACAAAGCUGCUCAGUACUUUGUGGGAUGAGGGUGUUGACUCGAUUUUUAAACUGGAAAACAAAGAAAUCUUCCAGUCUUCUGCAUUUUGUAAUCAUUCACAAUGUAUUUGUUUGUUUUGGUCUGAUUUAGUGUCGAAAAGUUGAGAAUGAUAUCCCUGCAGCACUUAGCAUACACAUAGAUCAGACAAACCAAGAUAACGUGUCAUGUGUAUACAGUUGCAAGAAAUACAUUAUGCAUGAUGAUUUUGAUGUUGAGAGAUAAGUAAGUCGACGAUGAAAAUGAUGUUGGUCUCUAUUCCGAGUCCAAAAUGUAACCAUAACAAACUACCUCUCUGGGGAACAGACACAUUUGAUUUGUAUUUUUUUAUGAUUCAUGUUUGUAUUUAUUGCUGUGCAGUGGCUCACAUGGACAACCCAGUACCUCAUAUAUAAAUCUCACUUAACAACAAAGACGCCUUAACAGCAGUUUUAUCAGAUAAUUUUUUUUGUUGUUGUUUUUAAACUAUUAUUAUCUCUGUGUACAGUAUUUGUAUCCUUGGCUUUUUCAACAUGUUCAAAUAUUCACACAGACAGACAAACACACAUAUGCAUUCAAAACGAAAGCUGAGAGCUGUUUAAAGCGUGGUUACUUCCAUGAUUGACAGUGUUCAUUUGCUGCUGGGAUUGGUUGGCACUCCUCAGGCCCCUUCCCCCUCUUUACGCUGACUGCUCAGUUGGAUUUUGCUGCUUUGCAAAAAUAAUUACACAAAUGGAACAUGAACGAGCAUGACCUUCUCUCUCUUUUCUCGUUUGUUAAUGGUGAUAUUGUGUCAAAUCGCUAUUAUUUUGUGUCAUCAACUCUACAAAUCACACUUGCUCGAACGUUACCUCAUACAAAAACACAUAUACUCCACAGUCAAUACCUCAAGCCAGUUCAAUCCUAAAAUGUAGAGUCGGAUGAUUUGCGAGAAUUUUGAUGACCGAUUCACCCUUAAAGGAAUAUUCCGGGUUUAAUACAAGUUAAGCUCAAUCGACAGCAUUUGUGGCAUAAUUUUGACUACUACAAAAAUGUAUUUAGUCUUGCUCCUACUUUUCUUAAAAAAAUAAAUAAAGAAUUGAGGCACUUACAGUGGAAGUGAAUGGGGGCCAAUCCGUAAGCAUUAAAUACUCACUGUUUUAAAAGUAUAGCCUAAACAAUAUGCAUGUUAACUUGAUUUUAGUGUUAUAAAAUCUCUUCCUAAUCUUUCUGUGUAAAAUUAUUUCCAAUUUUACAACUUCGUUGUCAUGAUAAUGUAAUGGUUUACAUUUGUUUUAAAAACAAUGGUUUAAACAGCUUUACAGCUCAAAUAAAACACCAGUUUUACUAGAAGAAUUAUUGUAAGUGCUUUGUUAAAAUUAAAAGCUUCACAUUUCUGCUUUUAAACUCGUGAAAAAUUGGCCCCAUUCACUUCCAUUGUAAGUGCCUCACUGUAACCUUGAUUUUUGCUUCUUUCUUUUUUUUAAAGAAACUGAUGGAUGAGUCGAAAUACAUGUUUGUUGUAAUCAACAUUAUGCCACAAAUGCUGUUUAUUGAGCUUAACUGGAUUUUAACCUGGAACAUUCCUUUAAGUACGAGAUGGAGAAUAGAGACAUGCUCUUUACCUCUCUUCUGUCUGUGUGCCAUUGGACAGGAGUUCAAUAGAAAGUUUGUGGCACCAAAUGGAAGCACUUCUGUCUCUGAGUGAAUGGUACCAUAAAGAAAACUGUAAUACAAAUGCUAGCUGUUUACAGGCUAACUGUAGAAUGCCUGCUCACAAAGACAAAACCAGUUGAAUAAUACCAUUCAUGAAAGUCAAUGGUUAAAAAUUGCCUUUAUUUCUUUUAUUUUUUCAUCAUAAAGUAUUGUAAAUUCAUGUUCCUGAUUUCAUGUAAUUGGUCAAAUGUUUUACAAAUCAAUAAAAGACUAUGAUAA